CGAACCGAGUCGCAGUCAGUCUGUUUUCAACUUUCGUCGACGAAUGAAUGUAAAAGUCGCAGUAAUUCGGGAGUGCUUCUAGAAGUGAAUGUUAUUAGUUCCCCUCAUCCCAAACGGAAAAUAGGAAGUGUCAUUUCCGCGUCGGAAUUCGGUGUCUGUUUUUUUUCGGGGGCCGUCCCCAAAAGCGCAUUCUGCUGCAUAGCAAAAUGCUGCCAAGUCCGAUCGUUAUGUGAUUUUGCGUUGCUUUCGAGAGUGCAUUCCUUUGAGGGACGUGUUUUACUGCUGUUCUUCGAAGUAAUGAUUGGCGAUUGCUGUAAUUAGAUUACCAUCAUACUAAUAGUGCCCAGUGAUGGUAUUUUUUCCUCGGUGAAUAGUGUGAAAUAGUUUCGCGGAGGGGGUGGACAAAAAAUCGAAAGUGACCACCGUCGUCAUCCGCGACUCGAAGUCCCCCAAAGAGAGGAAGGGGCCAAGUCAUCACCACAAAAGAGCUGCACUAGCUUUGAACGAGACAACAGGGGCUCAGCCCCAACCCAAUCGCGUGAUUAGCGAAUAAAAGUUUAUGGUGUUGUUUGUGUGGUCUCGCUUUCAGUAGUCGUCGUCGGUGUAGCAAGUUUCGAACUACGAUAUUAUGUAAAUUUAUUCAUUCCGACUACGACGAUCACGGUCAGACCGUACUCAUAUUGGUAGACCGAAAAGUUAGACGUGAAACUGGAAGAGACUAAGUUGAAGUGCUUUUCAAAACUAGAAGAAACAGCCAACGUCUCCGAGAAAGCCAUCCGGUGCAGUCUUGGGGGGGACAAGAAGAAAACGCGAAGGGGAUCGUAUCUUACAACUUCCUUGUGUGCCCGUAAGAAAUAUGUUCCCGACGCCGCUAUGAUAUCAACCGGGACGAAACGAACCGGACAGAGAAUGUCCAAACAGCAGGGAAAAUACGAGCUGUUGAAAGAGGAUACCAGCUUGAGGAAGAAACACACCUACAUCCAGGGAUGCCUCCUGUUGGCCCUCUGCGCCAUGUCCAGCGUGGCAGUCUACGCGACCUGGACGAUGAUCUACCGCCAGAAUCUAAUCAUUCCACCGACACUAAUCGACAUUCCACCCCUUUGGCGGGAACGGCUCCACCAGUACGCGGAAGCCUACAGCACCAAGUUCCAAUCCGCGUCGCCGCCAUCGGACGCCUUGCCGACGAUUGCCAGCAGUGACGCCUCCAGCUCUUCGGCCAGCAGCCUUCUGGUGUCGGAGGAUACGAUAGCUCAGAUCCUGAACACGCAAACCCCCGCAAACGAUACGGAGGUGGAUCCGGAUGCGGAGCAGCGUGUCAAGGAGCUGGAAAACGAACGGAUCCUGCCGUCCAAGUUUGGGAAUUUCAUCUACUCCAAGGAGGCAUCCAGGGGCGGCCGGGCGUUACGAAAAAUUGUGUGCUACUAUACGACCCCGUCGUUGAGCGGUUCCGAACGGAGUCGUGGAAGCAGACUGCGAAGUGAUCUGUUUCCUCAGGAUAUCGACCCGCAUCUGUGUACGCAUCUCAAUGUGGGCAUCAUAGGGAUUGUGAACGGAACGUUGUACAUCGAUGAGGAUGUGAAAGUGGUGUUUAACCGGACGAAGCAGCUCAAGAAAGCUAACAAGGAUUUGAAAGUGCUGCUGUGGGUUGGGGGAGGGGGAAUAGGGGGUUUUUCGGAGAUGGUCGUGAACCACGCCAGCCGGAAGUUGUUCAUUCAAUCGCUGAAGGCCACUUUAGAGCGGUACCAGCUGGACGGUGUGGAUCUGGACUGGGAAUUCCCGGGCAGUUGCUGCAAGAAUAGGAUGCACUUUUCGCAGCUGCUGCACGAGAUUCGACGGGAGUACCAGCGGGAGCAUCGGACGUACAUAUUGAGUGUGGCGGUCGCAGCUCCGGCCAUUAUUGCCUACAUGUCCUACGAUGUUCGGGAGAUCAACAACUACGCGGACUACGUCAACAUUAUGACGUAUGAUUAUCAUUUUUACUCGCCGGAUACGCCGCAAACGGGUCUCAACGCGCCGCUCUUUCGACGGCAGGGCGAGGUCUCGCUCUUCAACACCCUGAAUAUCAACGCUUCCGUCCACUACUGGAUGUCUCAUGGUCUGGAGAAGAGCAAGAUCAUCAUCGGGCUGCCCACGUACGGGCACAGCUUCCAGUUGGUGAACUCGUUCAAUACCCGCAUCGGAGCGCCAGCCUCCAGCUAUGGCCGCACCGGGAUGAUCGGGUACGCGUCCUAUUCGGAAAUUUGCUGGUUCCGGCGGCACAACAUCUACGUGCACCAGGUGUACGACGUGGAAAGCUGUUCGCCCUAUCUGUACGCCGGCACCGAGUGGAUCUCGUACGAAGACGAGCGCAGUCUGGAGUGCAAGGCGAACUGGAUCAAGGAGAACGGCUUCGGCGGAGCGAUGAUCUUCUCGCUGAAUACGGACGAUUUCGGGCAGUACUGUGCCGACAGUGCCAUCUACAGUGACGACGGCGAGACGGGCCUGGGGGCGAAUGCUCCGCGGGAGUCCAGCAGCUUUCCGCUCCUGCGAAAGAUUCAUUCCAUACUGGCAGAUAAACAGGGGGCCGAUUAGGCGACCGGGCUGGGAGAUAGAAUUUAAUGAUAGCACUAAUUAUGAUACAAUAACUGAAAAUACGACUUAUAAUGUGUAAGAGUAAUGUAUUUAUGUAUUUCAACUUUGAGGAGGAAGCAGGCGAGAGGCAUAACGCAAACCGAAAAACGUGAUAGUGUGAGCAUUUGUAUAUUUAGACGAGAUUCAAUUUUGAAAAAAAAAAACAGACAAGAAAACGUGUAGUUAGUUGUUAGUGAACAUGCAAAUCAAAGAGCAAAUUGAUAUUAGUUUUGUUAACAGUAUUUGAAACUGUGCAACUGACGGAGAAAGGAAACGGCACUCGAAUUAUUUCUUUUGGAAAAUUUAGCAAAGUAUCUAGUCAUCUCGCUUCGUCGAUCUGGUACGAUUUCAACUUGUGUUUAAGUAGCGUUGAUUAGGGUCGAACAGUCGGAUUUAGGUUUCGUAAGCAGAACAAAAAAUAAACCUUUCUUAUAUGCAUUGUUAUCAAGUGGCUUGAAUAAAAGCAGGAAUGAAUUAUGUUUUCAAACAAUUGUCUUCCAAAGUCGAACAGUAAAUGGUAUUUGAGUUUCGCAUUGUUGGUGUUA